UGACCACUCUUGACCCUUUCCUUCACGUUCAUUCUCUGCAUCAUGUCUGCUGCACCGCAGACAGAAAAGAAAGGGCACAUCUGCCCUCCCUCAAAUGCUAAACACCCCUCCGAUAGAUGGGAGUCACUAUUUGUGUACUCUUUCAUAUGCAAGUUCACGAAUCUGAGGUUGAAGUUGGAGGGAUUGGAAACACCGAUGGACUUUGAAAAUGCCCUCUUGACGCAUGGUCCAGAUCCCAUACUCCAAAAGAUUUUACAGCAAUUUAUACUGAAUCUGCGACCGCAGACGCGUAAUUUGAGUAUUGAUCAGAUCUCUGCCACUUUGAAUGCUGUCCUUGCAGAUGCAUUCAAGGCAUCGGAGCGAACUGUGUUUUGGGACGACGAACUUGGGGCGAAUGUGAACCCUUUUGCCGAUUUAGAAGGCGGGUUUUUCGCAGCCGAUUGGGAUCUCAAACUCCAAGUUCUUCGCCAACUCGUGGAAUUGCAACUUACGCAUUCCAUUGACAUAAAAGGCACUGUGGAUCGCGCGUGGGGCGUGAUGCAGAACAAGCACAAGAAGAAAGACCCUGAAACUGCCCCUCCUGAAUUCAAUGAUUCCAAGAGCCAGCAGAAUCUACAACUUGUUCCAUUAGGCCAGGAUGCACAACGCAAGCGGUAUUGGGUCGCAGAUGAUUCCCCACGGGUAUACGUUUCAACUAACCCCUGGAAAAUCACUGCGACGUUCCAGGCGGUCUCUUCAACGCGUGCAGAGUAUAUUUCUGUGAUUGAGAAGCUGAAAGCAUCUUCCCCGCAAGGCGAUCGUAAAAACAAACUAGAACAGGCCCAUACUGCACUCGUAAAGGCACUAGAAAGCCGGAUAGACCUUGUUGAUGCGGACUUAGCGCGCGUACAAAGGGCCCGCAAGAAGAUAGAGCAGCGUCAGAUACUCAUGGCACAAGCUGAAAUUCGACAGACUCGCACGCGACGACAAACUCGUCGACCCGACUACGUGUAUCACGACGCCGAUAGUGGGGAGGAUGACGCCGAUGAAUAUCAAUUUGAGGAAGACAAUGACUAUGAUGACGAGCCGUUUGCGGAGGAUAACUUUGGUAGUUCCCGAUCACACGGCCGUCGACAGCCGGCUGCUACUGCGCAGCGGAGAUCCACCCGUGCCACAAAAACCAAGCGACCAUCCCCUGAUUUGUCUGCCUUUGAAUGGAAAGGUGAAAGGAGGUCGGCUCGUCUCGGCCCUUCUGAAGAGACACCUGUGGAGCGUCCAUCAAAACGUGCUCGAACGGAAGAAAGCACAAUGAGUUCUACAUCUGUAGGCUGGCCCCCAGUCUUGCCAGCCGAGAAUUCAAACGGCGUCUCGAAGGCGAAAGCGAAUGGCGCAGCAGCUGUCAAACCAACUGAGAUUGCAGUUGAACAGCUUGGAGGGAAAAAGAAGAGCAAAUUUUGGUUCUACGCCGUGGAACCGAUCUCUGCGCCUUCUGACGUCCUACCACCUGGUGGCAGUGGUUCAACCUCCCUGAACGGUUAUGAAUACAGCGGAGAUACCGGCCGCUCCGGCACCAGUAGUAACACUUCGCUCCCGACACAUGGCAAAGGAGAUGCGAUGGACAUCGACAGCCAGAGAGAGUUCGGCUUGUCACCAGUCCCCCUGGAAGGAUUGCGGAGUGUAUAAUUUUCUAUUCCGUUGCUUCAUUCGACUCAUGGCAUUUAUUCUUUUUUCCCCAUCUUACUCGCACUCCAUAAUAUUCCACAUACCAGCAAAGCCUCAUCCAUUGAUCAGCCUAGUCUAAUCAUUCAUCUUAUUACUCCCUCUGACCUAUGUAGGUCUGAUACAGCAAUGAACUUUUUAUCCUCCACGUUUGUACUAUAUAUCUAUUCAUUUUUUCAAAAAAAAGAACGCGUCGAGCUUAUCACCUCAUCUUGUAUCCCCAUGUGCAAUUUAUUAGUGAUCGUGAUACU